AUCGUUUGUACCGCUCCGUUACUUAACAGGUAAUUUUUGUAGUAUCCGUGUAGUAAUUCUGGUGCGAUUAUAGAAUUUGUGACCUAUCAGGCAUUUAUUUCUCUGUGGAAAAUGGCAAGUCAUUUGUUUGAUGUUAACAACGGUUACAAAGCAUAAAUUUGGUACAACCCGCAGUCGUAAUGGGGUCUAGGUAUGACAGAGCUAUUACAGUAUUUUCACCUGAUGGUCACUUACUGCAAGUUGAAUAUGCCCAGGAAGCUGUUCGUAAAGGAUCCACGGCUGUUGGUGUUCGUGGGUCAGAUGUAGUUGUGCUGGGAGUAGAAAAGAAGUCUGUAGCUAAAUUGCAAGAAGAACGUACUGUGAGAAAGAUUUGUCUGUUGGAUGAUCAUGUAGUCAUGGCUUUUGAAGGAUUAACUGCUGAUGCCAGAAUUUUGAUAAACCGCGCCCAGAUAGAAUGUCAAUCUCAUAAACUGACUGUUGAAGAUCCAGUCACAUUGGAGUACAUCACCAGAUAUAUUGCAGGUCUGAAACAGAAGUAUACCCAAAGUAAUGGACGAAGACCGUUUGGUAUAUCCUGCCUGUUGGCUGGAUUUGACUAUGAUGGAGUCCCACAUCUAUAUCAAACAGAACCAUCAGGAAUAUACUAUGAAUGGAAGGCGAAUGCAACUGGUCGCAGUGCGAAGACAGUGAGAGAAUUUUUAGAAAAAUAUUAUACUGAAGAACUUGUAUCUUCAGAGAAAGGAACGGUGAAAUUAGCCAUAAGGGCAUUGCUGGAAGUAGUGCAGUCUGGGCGGAAAAAUCUGGAGAUAGCAGUGAUGCGACGUGGAGAACCAAUGCAGAUGUUAGAUGCAGAAAAGAUAGAGGAAUAUGUGGUUGAAAUUGAGAAAGAAAAGGAAGAAGAAGCAGAGAAAAAGAAGCAAAAGAAAUAAAUAUACAGUUCGUGUUUUGUGAUAAACUCAACCAAGUGUGUGUCAGCAGCAGCUGUCUUUAACAAUAAAAUAUAUUAUUUCAUUUUACAAUCCAAGAAAUUGGUUUUGUUACUGUAAUUGUGUUUAUUGUCCCCCAUUUUGAACAUGUUUAUCUUUGUGAAUUUUUUGUAUCAAAUUCAACACAACUAAAGUUCAGUGACUUGGAAUGGGUUCUCUUUUAUAAAGUACAUUUCAGAAACACGAUUCUUGUGUGACAAGUAUGCCACUAAUUUGCAUAUCAUGUCUUUAUUAUUACUAAGCAAAAUGAAACCUUUUAAGGAAACCAACGUUUUCAGGAUCACAAGCAAAAACUGUUGUAGGUGCUCCCAGCAUACCACAGUGCAGUACUUUAAAAUUUCCUAUUCAUGUCCUAGGUAUUGCAGGCAACAUCAGUAAAAACCCUUAGUAAGUGCUGUAUUGUAGCUGUGCUCCCAGCAUACCACAGUGCAGUACUUUAAAAUUUCCUAUUCAUGUCCUAGGUAUUGCAGGCAACAUCAGUAAAAACCCUUAGUAAGUGCUGUAUUGUUGCUGUCUUAGAUCUGCUUGUGAUGAAGUAAAACAAAAUCCAUUUAGAAAACUUAGCAUGAAUUUUUCUCAACCUAGUUCAUUUAUUGGCUUUUUUGCUAGUUUAUUAGUCAGUACUAUGAAAAUAUGAUCUGGCAAGGUCUUACAACAAUAAACAACUCUUUAGAUAACAA